UUAAUUAAAAAAAAAAAAAACCCUAGUCCCGUGACCUCCACCACCCUCCUCACUAUUCUCCAUUUUUUCACUUCAAGGUUUCCGCAGCGCGCCACAAGCAUCUUUAACAUCCCUCCCACUCGUCCUUCUCAAUCUCUGCUUCAACUUCGGCAACCCGCCAUCGUAUUCUACUUAGGUCUCCGUUUUCAUCAUUUCCAUGGCGGUCGAUAAACUUCUGAAAGAUGAAGCCAGCGAAGAGAAGGGAGAGCGUGCUAGAAUGGCAUCAUUCAUUGGCGCUAUGGCAAUUGCUGAUUUGGUUAAGACAACAUUAGGACCUAAGGGGAUGGACAAAAUUCUCCAAUCUACUGGCAGAGGACGGCAAGUCACCGUCACUAAUGAUGGUGCCACCAUUUUAAAAUCUCUCCAUAUUGACAACCCAGCUGCCAAAGUUCUUGUUGACAUUUCAAAAGUUCAAGAUGAUGAGGUGGGUGAUGGUACAACCUCAGUUGUUGUUUUGGCUGGAGAACUUCUAAGGGAGGCAGAGAAGUUGGUUGCUUCAAAGAUUCACCCAAUGACAAUUAUAGCAGGCUAUAGAAUGGCUGCAGAAUGUGCUCGUAAUGCCUUACUGCAGAAAGUGGUGGAUAACAAAGCAGAUCUAGAGAAAUUUAAAUCAGACUUGUUGAAGAUUGCAAUGACUACUUUGAGUUCCAAAAUUCUCUCACAAGACAAGGAACAUUUUGCUAAGUUGGCAGUGGAUGCUGUAAUGAGGCUAAAGGGUAGCACAAACUUGGAAUCAAUUCAAAUUAUCAAGAAACCUGGAGGAUCAUUGAAGGAUUCCUUUUUAGAUGAAGGGUUUAUUCUUGACAAGAAAAUUGGUAUUGGCCAACCCAAACGCAUAGAGAACGCCAAAAUUUUAGUCGCAAAUACUGCUAUGGAUACCGACAAAGUUAAGAUUUAUGGUGCUCGAGUUCGUGUUGACUCAAUGUCAAGAGUUGCUGAGAUCGAGGGUGCUGAAAAGGAAAAAAUGAGAGAAAAGGUGAAGAAGAUAAUUGGUCAUGGAAUCAACUGCUUCGUUAACAGGCAGUUGAUCUACAAUUUCCCAGAGGAACUAUUUGCAGAUGCUGGAAUACUUGCUAUUGAGCAUGCUGAUUUUGAUGGUAUUGAACGCCUGGCUUUAGUAACUGGUGGUGAAAUUGCUUCAACUUUUGACAAUCCCGAAUCUGUGAAACUUGGAUAUUGUAAGUUGAUUGAGGAGAUUAUGAUUGGCGAGGACAAACUGAUCCAUUUUUCAGGUGUGGAGAUGGGUCAGGCUUGCACGAUUGUACUGAGGGGUGCAAGCCAUCACGUCCUUGAUGAGGCUGAAAGGUCUCUGCAUGAUGCCUUGUGUGUACUGUCUCAGACAGUUAAUGACAGCAGGGUCGUGCUCGGAGGUGGAUGGCCAGAGAUGAUCAUGUCAAAAGAAGUGGAUGAGUUGGCUAGAAAGACUCCCGGAAAGAAAUCACAUGCUAUCGAAGCUUUUUCACGGGCUCUGCAGGCUAUUCCAACUAUCAUUGCUGAUAAUGCUGGGUUGGAUAGUGCUGACUUGAUUGCACAGCUCCGGGCUGAGCAUCACAAGGAGGGUUGCAAUGCAGGGAUCGAUGUCAUCUCUGGAUCGGUAGGAGAUAUGGCAGAACUUGGUAUUUCAGAAGCAUUCAAAGUGAAGCAGGCCAUAUUGCUUUCUGCAACAGAGGCAGCUGAGAUGAUUCUUAGAGUUGAUGAAAUCAUCACUUGUGCCCCCAGGAGGAGAGAAGAUAGAAUGUAAAAGAGUGGUAAUGUGUGGAAAUGAGAGACCUCUUCUUCUGCAAGGACAUUGUUAUCUAUCUUGUGGCAUAUUUAUUAUAUUGCCAUCGGUGCUAAUGCUAGUGCUAGUCUUGUGAAUCCCUGUUAUAUUUAAGGUUGGAUUUUGUAGGGAGGUUGCAUUUUCUUGCAAGAAUUUUGGGUGUCUUUUUACUGCCGAUUUUUUCUAAUCAGUGCGAGUGUAAUGCUGUGUUCAUUCAUCAACUGACUAGAGGAGGGGAUGAGGGAAGUUUGGGUUUAUGAGACCGCCGUGGAUUGGAGCCAGCUGCGACAUGAAGCUCCUUAUCUCUUAGCUGGUCCGAAAUGUGUUUAUUUUGGUUUGGCUAUCUUAUCCUUGUGUUUUUACAUAUUCUUCUUUCUUUGUUGUUGUGGACGAUUAUCUCGGAUUCUGAAUUUUGUUUUAGAAAAAGUUAAGUUAAAAGGUGCAGAAGGAAGUUGGUUUUUAUUCUAAACUUGAGGAUGUUGUAAGCCUCUCACCCGAGAGCUUUGAUCGGAAUUUUAUUUUCGUAAAAUAUGCAGUUUUCUCUGUCUUCGAAAG